UAUAUACAGCAAGAAGAAGAGGACACAGCAACAAUAAAAAAAAAAGAAGAUGGACAAUUGCGAGCAAGAUGCAAAUUUUCGUUUGGGCCAAAUCAAGGAGGAGGUCAAGCCGGACAUUUCACAGUUGAAUGACAGCAAUAAUAGCAGUUUCUCGCCCAAGGCCGAGAGUCCAGUGCCCUUUCUGCAGGCCAUGAAUAUGGUAAAUCAACAACAGCAGCAGCAGCAACAACAACAGCAGCAGCAACAGCAGCAACAACAACAGCAGCAACAACAACAACAAUAUCCGCCAAAUCAUCCGCUGAGCGGCUCAAAGCAUUUGUGCUCCAUCUGUGGAGAUCGGGCGAGUGGCAAACACUAUGGCGUCUAUAGUUGUGAGGGCUGCAAGGGCUUCUUCAAGCGAACGGUGCGCAAGGAUCUCACAUAUGCGUGCCGCGAGAAUCGCAACUGCAUCAUUGACAAACGUCAGCGGAAUCGCUGUCAAUAUUGUCGCUACCAGAAGUGCCUGUCGUGCGGCAUGAAACGGGAGGCGGUGCAGGAGGAGCGACAGCGUGGUGCUCGCAACACAGCCGGACGUCCGAAUGCUGGCGGAACGGCUGGUGGUCCCGGUGGUGGUGGUAUUGGCGGUGCUGGUGGUGGUGCGGGUGGCAAUAAUACGGCCGCCGGUGGCGGCAAUAACACUGGCAGCGGUGGUGCCGGUGGCGGUGGCGCCAAUAGCUCAUCGGAUGAUUAUAUGCCGAGCAGCAUAUCCCGCGACUUCACCAUCGAGCGCCUGCUCGACGCAGAACAGCGUGCGGAGGCGAAUAGCGGCGAUCGGGCGUUAUCCUUUCUGCGUGUUGGCCCCAAUUCCACGGUGCAGCCGGAUUACAAAGGAGCCGUCUCCGCCUUGUGCAUGGUGGUCAACAAGCAGCUCUAUCAGAUGGUGGAAUAUGCACGUCUCAUGCCACAUUUUUCCAAGCUGCCGUUGGACGAUCAGGUCAUACUGCUGAAGGCCGCUUGGAAUGAGCUGUUGAUUGCGAAUGUUGCCUGGUGCAGCAUUGAAUCGCUGGAUGAAUCCUUGACCGGUUUGGGGCAUGGCGAUAGCGCCUUUGAUCGGCGUUCGCCGGUGCUGCAGCCGCAGCAGCUGUUCCUCAAUCAGAGUUUCUCGUAUCAUCGGAAUAGCGCCAUUAAGGCGGGCGUUCACGCCAUCUUCGAUCGCAUCCUGUCCGAGCUGAGUGUGAAGAUGAAACGCCUGAAUCUCGAUCGGCGCGAAUUGGCAUGCCUCAAGGCGAUCAUUCUAUACAAUCCGGAUAUACGCGGCAUUAAGAAUCGGUCCGACGUCGAAUUGUGCCGCGAGAAGGUGUACGCUUGUCUGGACGAGCAUUGUCGACUGGAGCAUCCCGGGGAUGAUGGACGAUUUGCGCAGCUGCUGCUGCGUCUGCCGGCGCUGCGUUCAAUCAGUUUGAAGUGCUUGGAUCACCUGUUCUUCUUUCGCAUCAUCUGCGAUAAGCCGCUAGAGGAGCUGUUUGGCGAGCAGCUGGAAGGCCAACCACCGCCGGGUAUCCAGCUGCAGCCGGAAUGAAGAGUUGCCAUCGAUUCCAAAUCGAUGUGUGUCUCUCUGGUGCGCAGCGUUAUCGAUCUAUCUAUAGUGGUAGCUAUCUCAUCGUUAUCGUUAGCAUAUAUCGAGCUAGUGUAGCUCUAUUAUCGUUAGCAUAUACAUAUACAUAUAUAUAUAUAUAUGUAU